CAAACGGAACUGUCAUCCGCCGAACACACACGCACACACUGACGCAUAUUGUCUGUGUAUUUUUUAUCUGGGCGGGUGUGCAAGAAAACUCCCAGCGGAGUGUGAAAACGACGCAGAAAGCCGAAAAAAUGGCCGCAACACUAAAGCCCUACCUGACCGCGGUGCGUCACACCCUCACGGCGGCAAUGUGUCUGAGCAACUUCUCGUCCCAGGUCGUCGAACGGCACAACAAACCCGAGGUGGAGGUCCGCAGCAGCAAGGAGCUGCUGCUGACCCCGGUGGUGAUAUCGCGCAACGAGAAGGAACGCGUACUGAUCGAGACGAGCGUCAACUCGGUGCGCAUCAGCAUCGCCGAGCAGGCGGACGAGAUUGAGAAGAUCCUCUGCCACAAGUACCGGUUCAUGAUGAUGCGGGCGGAAAACUUCAUCAUCCUGCGGCGGAAACCGAUCGACGGGUACGACAUCAGCUUUCUCAUCACGAACUUCCACACCGAGCAGAUGUACAAGCACAAGCUGGUGGACUUUGUGAUUCACUUCAUGGAGGAGAUCGACAAGGAGAUUAGCGAGAUGAAGCUGGCCGUCAAUGCCCGUGCGCGCAUCUGUUCGGAGGAGUUCCUGAAGCGGUUCUAAGGACGCGCUGGCAGGCGGUUGUUUACAUUCCUGCCGCUCCGUGCAUGUCUUCUCUCUUUGUUUCUUUUUCAUUUUUUCGUUUCUUGCAAAGUUGUU